AUUCCUGGCAUCUAUGCCUCGCGACGGUUCGUUGUGUUCCGCAAAUAUGCGUGUUAUUGUCAUCGGUCAGGGGCUUGACGCGACAUCCGCGACAACGAUGAUAAUAACGAUUUGAGGAGAUGCGGCGGUUAUCGGGAACAUAGCGCGCGUCGCGGGCUUCACGAGCAACCGACAAGUACACGCGCGUGAUCCGCGAGUACAGUGACCCAGUUUCGAUAAAGGAAGAUUCCUCUUUCUCGCCGAUACGACCCUUCCAGCGAACACCAGUGUUCAGAGUGCGUGGCCUCCGAGGCGGACGAUGACAAUAUCGCGCGAGGUGUGAAAUUCACGAGCGAUUCGUGUAAACUUGAGAGAACGAAGGUUGCCUCGUGCGUCUUUCCUUUUCGCAACAAUGUAGAUUCCCCGACUUUAGGAUACCACGGGCAAUUUAUCAGGAUUAGGUUAGGUCGACGUAACGGGCUGAUCCUUGCGGCAUCAGACCAAGCGAGCAAAAUGAGAUAUAUCUGCCCAAGUAUUCGUGCAGGAACGUCGAAAGGACACGAUUGCACAAUUGUGCACAUUGUACAUCGUCAGCAGUCUGCAACCGGAAUCUGUAUGCUUAUGUAUGGCAGUACGUGAGAGGAAUUUUACUUUUGAGCAAGAUGCCACACGUCACGCGAAAAUGGGAGCUGUUCCCAGGAAGAAAUCGCUUUUGUUGCGAUGGCAGAGUGAUGAUGGCACCGCAAACUGGAGUAUUCUAUGUCACUGUGUGCCUCAUCGUCGGAACGAGUGGAUUAUUCUUUGGUUUUGAUUGUCCGUACUUGGCACUACACGUAACACCAGCAAUACCAGUAAUAGGAGCUUUGUUAUUUAUAUUUGUAAUGUCUGCCUUGUUCCGUACGAGCUUCAGUGAUCCUGGAGUAAUUCCAAGAGCGACACCCGAUGAGGCAGCUUACAUCGAAAAGCAAAUCGAGGUACCAAACAAUGGUAACUCUAAGACAUAUAGACCCCCUCCUAGAACGAAAGAAGUCUUGAUUAGAGGACAACCAGUAAAGCUGAAAUAUUGCUUUACAUGCAAAAUAUUUAGACCACCGAGAGCCUCACAUUGUAGCCUGUGUGACAACUGUGUAGAGAGAUUUGAUCAUCAUUGUCCAUGGGUCGGCAAUUGCGUGGGCAGAAGAAAUUAUAGAUAUUUCUAUGCUUUUAUAGUAUCCUUGGCAUUUCUCUGCGUUUUUAUAUUUAUAUGCGCAGUUACACAUUUAAUCAUGCUUACAAAAGAUAGCAAGCCAUUUUUAGAAGCAGUAAAAUUAUCUCCAAGCAGUGUUAUCGUGGGAGUCGUGUGUUUCUUUUCCGUUUGGAGCAUCCUAGGUCUCGCUGGUUUUCACACAUAUUUAACUAGCAGUAAUCAAACAACUAACGAAGAUAUUAAGGGAUCAUUCACGAAUAGAAGAGGGCAAGAUAAUUUUAAUCCCUACAGUCAAGGAAAUAUCUGUGGAAAUUUUUUUUACGUAUUAUGUGGACCAGCUCCACCUAGUUUAAUUGAUCGAAGGGGAAUAGUUACGCUGGAAUAUCGUGCGGAACACGAACGCGUUGGUGAUGAAAACGUGAUUACUAGUAAUAAGACGUAUGGUACUGCCAAAAUCGUGCAGCCCCAGUCGAACGGUACGACGGUUCAAACAAGCCCUAGCACGGAUCUCACAGGCUCAAUGAACAAUCUGAUCACUGGCCAACACUCCCCAAGAAUAGAGUCGAUAAACGGUGAGUUGGCUCUCUUAAGACAUUCUACGCGUUGCCCCGAAGAACUACCGAAAUAUACGCGCCAAUACAUAAACGAUACUUACGUGCCGCCGUAUCCGGCGCAGCAUUGCUCCCAAGAGCCCGCAAAGCAUAUUAAGUAUACCGAGGUAGAUCGGCUGAAUCCAGACUUUCAGAAGUAUCCGUGUAGAUGCGAGGAGGGCUUGCACAAGUAUCCGCAUAGGUGUAGGGAGGAAUAUCACAGGUGCUCGGAUAACAAUCUUAUGUACGAUCCGUGCGUCGGGGAUCAGAAAUAUGGCAUCGAUCUCCAGAAGUAUCCGCAGAGGUACUCGGAGGAUCCACUGCGUUACAAGAUAAGCGAAAAGAACGGUUACACCGAUCUCCAAAAGUUUCCCCAAUGUUACUCCGAGGAUCCACUGCGGCUCUCGCAGUCGCACAUGCUGAAAUAUAACAAUCUGAGGUGCGCCGACCACAGUUUAAAGUAUCCGAUAUCGAAGAACAUUCUGCCGGCGCGUAUUUUAGGCACCGGUGGCAUACCGAUCAUCGGACAGACCGCGAUCGGUCUCGUAGUCAACAGAUUCGGAUCAGGGCCGCUGACUAAUAACUUCUCGUAUGCGGAGAACUCGUUGUGCCCGAGUGACAGCACGGAGGAGGACCUCCUGAAUCGACGUUUCAUUAUGAGUAGUACCACGAACAGUAUAAGUCAACUUGUUACCAACGAAAUACCGCUCGCGUCCCUCAAUAUAGCACCACUUGACAUCGACGAGAUCGCACCGCUGCCUCCUCGUCAGAGCGCCGUGGUCUCUUCCGCUUUGGACACAUCUUCCAUACCGGCGGUAACCGUAACAACCCCUCUGUCUGCGUCUAGACUUAGAUUGUUGCAAGACACGACUAUGAUAGAGUCCGCCUUAGAUUUGGACUCGCUGGAAGACGCGAGUGUCGGUAGGGGAAGCCAGUCAGGCCUGAUAAAGAUGGGUGUGGUAUAAAAUUCAGAUACGAAGCGUGUCUACAAAAAUAUAGAGAUUAAGCGAGCGACGGAUUUCUGUUCUGAUGAAUAGUGCAGUUUCAAUAUUGAAUCAAAGCGCGAAACGUUUGCCUGAAUCCGUUCACAGCUUCGUUGAGUAUGCACGUUCGUGAUAAUUACGUGCAGAUAUUUUGUUUUUGCUGAUAUUGUUGACUGCACGAGAUAAACGUUUACGUCAUAUUGAUUUUUCGAAAGAAAAAUUUAUUUUGACAGAUUUGUAGCAGAUUUAUCUGCGUAAUAAAUUGCAUAAUACUAAAGAGUAACCGUAGUUUCUUACAACUGCACUAUUUAUUAUAUCAUUUCAGUUAUAGUAAAACGUCAGUUGUAGAGAUAUAUGUGGUUUCCUUCACAGUAUUUCUUAUACUAUUAAAUAUAGAAUUGCCUCUCUAUAUAGGUCACAAAGUUAUCAGAAGGACUUUAGAAGAGAUAUUAUGUUAAUUAAUUUAUUAUACAUACACAUCAGAAUAAUUAAUAUGACUUUACAAAAAGUGCUUCGUCAGAAAAAGGCAUGUAAACGUAUGUGAAAGAAAAUACUACGCUUAAUUCCACUUAAUGAAAUUUGAAGUUGGAUUAUAUGCACGUGGAAAAAAUUUAUUUUUUCGCGUUUUACGACAUCUAUCUACGAAAAAUGUACAUGUUUUGCAUUAUUUCACUUACGUAUAGCGUUAUCGGAAUUGAUGAUUUUAUUGCAAUAGAUGUGAGAAGUAGGUAGCUACGUGUAUAUAAAUUAUAUUUUUAACAUCUAUUUCCGAUUGCACUAAAGAGAAUGGAUUAUAAAUAGUGGAGAAUAGGUUAAUAGUUCUGAAAAAGAAAGCAAAAAGAGAUAGAUAGGGAGGAGAGAGAUUUCGGUGAUAUUUAUUACAGAAAAACGUAAAACUUAUAUUUUUUCUGCUGUUUUUCCGACAUUUCUUAGAAAUAUUCCUCUUUUUGACAGAAUUCGUCGUCAUGUACAGUGUAAAGUUUUGUAAAUAAAAUUUUCAUACACGUUAGCAUAGUUUUACAAAUAUUUACAAAAUUUAUUAAAGCAAUGCAGUCGAUAGCAAGCAUUUAAAUAUUAGGAUUACCACUGCCUGAUUUAUUAAACAAAUUUUGUAUCAAAAUUGCAUGUUAUUACCUAAUUUGGCAUUAUCAUGCGAUAGAUAUUUUUCAUAUGAGUAAUAUAGAAGAACACAUAUUAACAAUAGCAGUUGUCAUGCUAAUGACGUAAGAAUUGCCAUUAUAAAGACUAAUUACGCUAUUCUUUUGUAUAUAAGAUUAUGUAUAUGAUACUGUACAUGUAUAUAUUAUGUAGCAAUUAUAAUAAAAUUCGCAUAUAUAU